UUUGUUGAAAGUUAUUAACACCCACGUCAUCAUCGUCAUCAUCAUCAUCAUCAUCCUUGGUUUCCUUGAACACAAAUCAUACACACAAAUCACGACCCCAACACUUCACAACAUCAUCAUUGCCCUUUUCAAAUAAUCAUGUCGGACACUGCAACCACAAACAACACUACUAUCAACGCUGUGCGAUAUUACGGCCAGCGAGAUAUCCGCCUGGAAAAGAUUCCCGCCCCGACUGCCGUCAAGCCAGGCUGGGUCCGUCUCGCGCCCAAGUUUUGCGGCAUCUGCGGAACCGACCUGCACGAGUACGUUGGCGGGGCGAACCUCAUCCCCACGCCAGGCCACCCGCACCCCAUCACAGGAGAGACGCUCCCCCUCACCAUAGGCCACGAGUUUUCGGGCGUCAUCGAGGAGGUGGGCGAGGGCGUCACCCACGUCAAGCCUGGCGACAAGGUGUGCGUGCAGCCCACACUCUGGGACGACAGCUGCCGGUCCUGCAAGCGCGGCCUGGUCAACUGCUGCGAUGGCAACGGCUUCCUGGGCCUGUCAGGCUGGGGCGGCGGCAUGCAGGAGACCACCCUCGCCCCAGCUGUGGCUGUCAAGCCGCUGCCCGAUAACAUCUCCCUCGAGGUCGGUGCCCUGGUCGAGCCCCUCGCCGUCGGCUGGCACUCGGUCGACAUUUCGCCUUUCAAGGAGGGUGACACCGCUCUCGUCCUGGGCGGUGGGCCCAUCGGCCUCUCUGUCAUCCAGGCCCUCGUCACCAGGGGCUGCAAGAACAUCAUCGUCUCCGAGGUUGCCAGGCGCCGACGCGAGUUCGCCACGCAGUUUGGUGCCCACCACGUCAUUGACCCGACCAGCACCGACGUCGUGGCUGAGGUCGAGAAACUGACGGGUGGCCUGGGCGCCGACGUCGGGUUCGACUGUGCGGGUGUGCAGGUCGCUGUCGACUCGGCUUUCAAGGCCAUCAAGGCCAGGGGCACGCUGGUCAAUGUGGCUGUCUGGGGGAAGAGGGCCACCUUGAACAUGAACGAUAUUGUUUUUCGCGAGCGUGCUUAUAUGGGAGUUGCUACAUACGUUCACGGCGACUUCGAGGCGGUCAUUGAGGCCAUCGCUUCUGGAAAGAUGAAUCCCGAAGGCAUGAUCACCAAGAAGGUCGCCAUGGACAAGGUCGCAGAUGAAGGCUUCAAGACUCUGAUCGAGGACAAGGAUAACCACGUCAAGAUCCUCGUCGACCUGACCCAGCCUGUAGCAUGAAUGGAGAGUAGGGAGCAACCCGCCUAUCUACUAACUACACACAAGACCUGGAAUAGAAUAAAUCAGAGACAAAAAAAAAAAAAGAAGAGAAGAAGAAACUUGAGGCGAGCAUCUGCAAAUCCUUCUCUCCGGUGCCUUGCGCGCGUUGACUUUGAAUUGAUGAUACCCGGGCUGGCUUCAUCUUGAUCAUUAUUUUUUUUUUUUUUUUUUUGGAUAGUUGCAAAUGUAAUCAUGUU